AUGAAGGGCUCGUCCAUCACAUCCAUCUGCCUCUGGCUACUGAGCGCCUCGCUGUCGACGGCGUGUGCCCACGACCACGAUGACGCCAAGGUGUGGUCCAAGGAGGAGCUGGAGGAGCUGGAGCGCAAGUGGGGGUUCGAGUGGUCCUUCACCGGCAUCGGUUCCUUCGCCCAUCUCAAGUACACAAAGUGCUUGACGACGCCCUCGGAGCUCUACGAUAUCGCCAUCAUCGGCGUCCCCUUUGACACGGCCGUCAGCUACCGGCCCGGCGCCCGCUUCGGCCCCCGCGCCAUCCGCCAGGCCUCGGCGCGCCAGACCUCCUUCCGGGGCUCUUCCAUGAGGCGGCCAAAGCUCAUGACGCUCGGCGGAGAUCACAGUCUCGCUCUGCCGGCGCUGAGGGCCCUCAGGGAGAUUUACGGGCAGCCGAUCCGGGUGCUUCACUUUGACGCUCACCUCGACACGUGGCACCCCUCCAAGUACCCCUCAGCCUGGGCGCCGACGCCCUUCAACCACGGCUCCAUGUUCUGGCUCGCCGGCACCGAGGGCCUGCUGUCGAACGCGACGACGGGGCCCUCGGUGCACGCGGGCUUGCGCACGCGUCUCAGUGGCACCGACGCGUCGGACCACGACGAUGACACGGCGCAGAACUGGGUGCGCAUCUCGGCGGACGAGAUGGAUGAUUUCGGCACAGCCGGCGUCAUAACGCGCAUCAUGGAGACGCUCGGCACCGAAGACCCCGUCUACCUGUCCGUCGACAUUGACGUGCUCGACCCGGCCUUUGCGCCGGGUACAGGGACGCCCGAGCCCGGCGGCUGGACCACGCGCGAGCUGAUCCGCGUGCUGCGCGGCGUCGAGGGCCUCAACGUCGUCGGAGCCGACGUCGUCGAGGUGUCGCCUGCUUAUCAGGGGAGCUGGGGAAGAGACGGCGCUCGCGGCGGCGCAGGUCGUCUACGAGGUCCUGAGCUCCAUGGUCAAGAGGGGACUUGGCGAGAUGGGUCGCGAGAGCGAGGUGCAGGGGGAUGCGAUUCAGGAAGAUCUCAAGGAUGA